AUGUCACGUGACGAGACGAAGAGUAUACUCGAGCGUCCCCUGAGCAAGGGGAAUCAGGAGUUCAGCCUCAGUCUGUACACACUUCUUUUCGCUGAAAUGGUCAGAUAUUGCCAGGAUCGAGCGAACUCGCUAGACGAUGUGGCAGAUAUGCUCGCAGAAAUGGGCAAAGAUGUCGGAUGGAGGAGUAUUGACUUGCUAUAUCACAGAGAAAAGAAAAACAAGCGCGAUAACAAAAUUUUGGACAUCUUGCUAUUCAUCAAAAAGACAUUGUGGACGAAACUGUUUGGCAAGGAAGCUGAUAAACUUGAACAAGCAGCUGACGACCCUAGAAACUAUUACGUAAUCGAGAAAGAGCCAAUUAUUUGUAAAUAUAUCUCAAAUCCAAAAGAUAAAUCCUCGCUGAACUGCGCCGCUUUUGCUGGUGGAGUCAUUGAGGCUACUCUCUGUGCCGGCGGAUUCCCCUGCAAAGUAACGACGCAUUGGCAUAAAGGCACUACCUUCAUGAUCCAAUUCGACGAGUCCGUCGUCAAUCGAGAAAAAGCAUGA